GGAAACCUUUCUUCUCUGAAAAGCAGGUCUGCUGAGAUGCGCAGGGCUCCGAGACGGCGGAGGUCGCGAGGCUGCUGGUGAAUUACAAUUGGGACACGAAGCCACUAUGAGCGACGGGCUUCCCCCCCUCCACCCGCCACCCACCCCCCUGCGCGUGCAUCACAAAGUAGCGCACGUUUAAUUAAUUGAAGCUCUCUCUUCGAGGUGGUGGUGGGGGGGCGCGCGUGGGGGUUUGUCCCGUGGUCGCAUGCAGGAAUGAUUUUUCUGUGCUUGGUUUCGCUACAGAGGACCAUGGAGACCUCCGAAGGCAUCGGUCAUGCUCUCUGAAACCCGGAUCCGACUCCUGUGUACGGGUGUAACCGCCGCUCUGGUUACCAUGUGUACCAACAAGCAGCUGUGUCAACACCAACAGGGAACGCCUCGCCUGUCUGAGGCGACAUCUCCGCUCCUCUUCUGUCCCCCUUUCCUUUUUUGUUUCAUUGCCCCGUCGAACGAGACCGGCGCAACACUCUGCGCCUCCCGUCUGCGGGGCGCCUCUCUCCCGUGAAGACUUUGUGCCGUACUGUGAGGGCGUGGCUGGGAGCGAGAGUUGUAAAGUCUCCACAGUUCCAUCGCAUGGAGGUCAAAGGACAUCUGAUCACAUCCAUGGGUUUGGGGGCUCCUGAUGUUCAAGGCUGCCAGGACGGCAAGCUGCAGGCGGAGAGGGUUGCGGCUCUGCAAGAGAGGAAGCAGGCCCUGGAGGCGCUCCUCAACUCCAGAGUGGGAGAGCUCAAACACGUCUGUUUGCAGGAAGCCGAGCUGACUGGGAAGUUGCCACAUGCUUUCCCCCUGGAGACGGGGGAGAAACCCCCACCGGUGCAGUGCAGGGCUGGCCUGCCGCCCAACGCCAAGGCGGAGGAUGAGGCGGCCCAAAGGAAGCAGAUGAAAGCCAUCUUCACCGGGGCCCUGUACCGACACUCGGAGGCGGACCGAAAUAUCCCAAAUAGCAAGAGGACGGUUCACCGGGGGUGUCACACAGAGGACACCGUCAUGUCGGAGAGUACAAGCUCCAUGUCAGAUUCCACAUCCCACGACAACGAGUCGUCUCCCAGCGUGGCGGCUGACCAGCGCUCUCUGUCUCAGCCGCGGCUCACAGUGGGCAGCCCCGACCACAGGAUCAGCCGGAAGCUGUCGCCGGUGGAGAUCUACUACGAGAUGAGGACGCGCCGCAACUCCGUCACGAGCUCCGUCAGCCCGGCUCACUCUCUGCCAAGAAGUGCGUCCAACAUUGAAGGCCGAAGCGUUCCGGCUACUCCUCUGUUGGGCCGCACCGCUCCCAUCAGCGUUCACGUCAGGCCGGACGUGUCGGGCGGCAACGGGUUGAAGCAGUGGUCCGGCAGCUCGGACGUGCCCUACAUCAUCCCGCUGGCCCCGGAGGGCUCUUCCUCUGACCGCCGCGGCUGCCCGUACAGCUCGCGGGCGCGGCGCAGCAACAGCUCCGAGGCCCUGCUGGAUAGGUCGAGCCUCCCGGACGACCCCGCUCCCAGAAACGGGAUGCCCCCGAGGGGAGGGCCCUACAAGAGCUCCGAGACACUGACCGAUGGCAAGCUGCGCCACAUUCACCUGGGCAGCCCCGAGAGGCACGCCGACGGCUCCGUGGACCAGGCCAAGAUGCGUCUGUCCAUGGGCGACCGCGGCGCCGGCGGAGGCUACAACGAGAUGCUGAUGGACUAUAUCUGGGGCAAGCAGCAGAGGAUGCCGGUGCAGCAGCCCCUGUACCAGUCCACGGGCAGGAUCUGGCAGGACGGGUCCUCCCCUCGCUCCUCUACGGCGGCGGCGCCUCCCCACGCCAACGGCUUCUCCCAUUCCCAGGUGAACCUCCCCAGCGCCGCGCCUCCUUACAGCCCCAUGGUCCUCCGAGGGUCCCAAGCGGAGCUGCGCAGGGUCAAAGUCACCAGGACCAAAUCGUGCGGACCCUUCAUCCCGCUGCAGCAGCAUCCCCAGGAUGCCAUCCUGCUGUCGGCGUACGACUCUCCCCUCCCUGACUCCGGCACCGCCACGUCCUCCAUCCCCAACCUGCACCCCUACCAGACCGAGCUGUCGGGCCCCUCCUUCAGCCGCAGACCCCCGCAGUUCUCUCUGCCGACCCCGGAAGACUCGACGCGGAGCUUGCAUAAAGCCCUGGCUCUGGAGGGGCUGAGGGACUGGUACCUGAGGAACGCCCUCGGCUACCCCCCCGCUGCCCCGAAGGGCCACGAGGCAGGCGUCUCGCGCCUCUCGCACCCCCACCCGCUGGUGCACCAGGCCCAGUCUGUUCAAGGGGAACCGGCCAACCUCCAAAGGUCUCAGAUACCCCAGUCGGCCAGCUUCCACGGUCACCCGCUGCAUGGCAGGUCGAUGGAGUUCUCUCUCUAUCAGGAGACUCCUCAUCCAGAGGUGCAGGAGGCGACCCCGAAGGAACCCAGUGCAGACCCAGGCACCCUGGUCUGAAGCAGCAGAACACACACACACACACACACACACACACUACCCUGUAGCCUCACAGACACACACACACACACGUGGAUACAAUGUGACCUCAAUAGCAAAAGCAAAACACGGCAACCUCAGCGGAAAGAGACAAACUGUAGCUGCACAGUGUGAAAAGGCCUUGGCAAGCUCCCCGAGUUGUAACCGAUCCCACCAGUACAUGAACUUUAAACCCAGUACUGGCACUGGAGGUGACUCACCCGAUGAUAACACUACGGUCACGCUGUACUUAGUAUAUGAAACUUCUGGUCCAACGCGAGCAGUAAACUCCUCCCCCGAUAACCCCGAAAAGACUCCCGAGAUAUACUUUUUUACAGAAUAUAUACAGCUCCUAAAUUACUAUUUUGUAUCUUCUGAGAUAUAAAGAACAACUAUAUGAAAGAGGUAAUUGCUUGUUGAUCUCGUGAUACACACAGAUGUUAUAUGAGCUCCCGUCAUUUGAAACGUAUUAAUUACAUGCCAGUGGAAUGUGUGUUUGUAAACUAUAGCAAGAGUCCGUCGUCAUCUGCCUUUGAUUUCACAGACAUUUGUAUAUUUUUUUUCUUGCUAUCCAAACUAAAGCUGGGUUAGAAGAAACCUUUUAAAAGUGCUUUCUAAUAACGUGAAGCGCUAGCGUUGAGCCGUGGUGAGCUUAGUCCAAUCGGGAAAAAAACCUGAAAGUAGUUCCCGAUGUCACUGAAUUAGGUUAUUUGGAAUGAUGUCAUAUAUGUCGUGUUUUUUUUCCGUCGAUUUUUUUAUGUCGCUUUUUCUCCGUGCUGACCUUGAAAGAACAAUUCGACCCAACCCGAGGGCUGCUGGGAAACCUCCGACAUGUGUGACGAUGAUGUGGUCGUCAAAUCCAAUCCUUCUUUUCCCACAUUUAGUCGUGGAGGAUUUGAGUGUCGUACGGAGCACUUUACGAACAUCUUAAGCCUUAAUUCUCUAUGACAGACAGGGUUUUUAAUUGGGGGAAGUAAAUAAAAUGAGUAAGUUUUGUCGACAUCUACUGGCAGUCUAUGUGAGAGCGAGUCUGUACAUAGAGGUGUGCUCAUGAGGUUCUCGUUUUAUUCCCGUACUAACCACCACAUGACACGUAUUUAAUCAAAAAAUUAACCUCCUCCCACUGUCCAGGUGAGCACUAUUUAAUUAGUUGUGAAAAGUGAGGUCGGCGGUGUGUGAACAGCAUCUGGGCCGCUGCGGUUUUCGAAUGUCGGCGUGAGCAGGUCUCAUGCUGGUGGAUAUUUUGUGUGUAUUUGUAAUGAUUUUAAAUGCGUUUCAUGUGCUUGGUUUUGUGAAAAAGAAAGAAACUUUUUUAGUAGUUAAUGCGUCAUAGAAUAUUUCUAAGUAAUCAGUCUUAAUAGUGUCGUAAAACAUCAGAAAAAGGUCCGGAUAAUCCAUUAAACCCUCGAGGAAACGGAAAGUAAAUGUCUCCUAGGCUAGACGGAUCAUUUUACAGUCAUUUAUUGUACUUUUGGCCAGCCGAGGACUCAUUUGAAUGUAAUUGUUUAUCAUGCGUGAUGUUGUUUUCUACUAUACCAACUGUAGCCCGCGGUGGAAUGUGACCCUGCUGUGUGAUGGGUUCACAUCCUCUCAGCAUCCAGCUUCAUAGAGCUUCUUCCUUCUGGUGAAAACCGGAAAUCAAAGACCAAACUGCUGUGCACUGGGGGUCCUAAAUGUAUUUUUCAUAAAAUGUACUCCGUAAGUUGAAAAUGAAUGGUAUAAAUUUGUGAUCUGAAAAGCAAAUUUAUUCAAACUAUAUUAUAUUUAUGAACCUAUAACAUUUUGUAGCCAUCUACUGUAGCUCUCAUCUACUGUAGCUCUUUUCUCAUCAGUGGGAAUCGGUAAUGUGUGUUAGAUCCACUUCAUUCAGCAGUGUGACGUGUUAAUAUUUGAUUCUUCUUUCUUUGAAAAGAUAUUUAAAUACAGCUGUUUUCUCUUUGCCUCCUCUCUUCAUACUCUUCAUGAAAUAUGACUAAAUAGGCCCAUCCUAUACUGUAUGUAUGAGAAAUAAAGUGUCAUGUUGAAAUUAAUAAAGAAUGUGUCGGGCAUGUUUAUAUACUGUAACACAUCAGUAAGAGCGGAAUUAAAUAAAAAGAAGAAACAAA